CACACAUUUUCCUCUUUUUUUUUUUUUUUGAUAAAACAUUUUCCUCUUCUUGUUCUUCUGGGUUUCUUCUUCCUGCUCUCGACCCAUCUCCCUUGAAUUAUUUUCAAACAGGGUUUAACAGUUCCUUUUCGCCCGGAAAAAAAAAUAUUAAAAAAAAAUGGAGGAGAGGCUGCUUCAAGGAUCGGAGAGUGAGAGUAGUCUCUACUUGAGGAAGAAGGUAUGGGGCGAGGUGAGGAAGAUGUGGAGAAUCGCAUUGCCUUCGACGAUGUUCAAAGUGACGUCGUUCGGAAGCAUAGUCGUGGCUCAGUCGUUCAUCGGCCACACCAGCGACGUCGGCCUCGCCGCCUACGCCCUCCUCCAGAGCACCUUCAUCCGUUUCCUCUACGGUCUCCUCGGAGGCAUGUCGAGCGCGACCGAGACACUAUGCGGGCAAGCUUAUGGAGCGGGGCAAUACCACAUGAUGGGAAUAUACCUUCAGCGUUCAUGGAUAGUGGACGCGGCGAUAACCACUCUCUUCCUCCCCUUCAUCAUCCUCUCCGCCCCGAUCCUUAGGCUGCUCGGCCAAAACCCGGAACUCACUUACACCAUUGAAGAGAUCUACCCUUGGAUCAUACCUUACGUAUACAGCCUCAUCUUCUCGAUGACAAUGCAGAUGUACCUCCAGGCCCAGAUGAAGAACGCCAUUAUAGGCGUUAUCUCUACUCUCUCUCUGGUUCUGGACAUAGCCCUAACGUGGUGGUUUGUUAACAAGAUGGGGCUGGGUAUCAAUGGCGCCUUGCUCGGUUUGAACAUAAGCUCGUGGGCUAUGGUGAUCGGCGAGCUCGUUUACGUGUUCGGAGGUUGGUGCCCUUUCACUUGGACCGGUUUCAGUAUGGCUUCUCUUGUCGAUCUGAUGCCUAUGCUCAAGCUCUCGGUAUCAUCCGGUUUCAUGAUAUGUUUGGAGUACUGGUACUUCAGCAUUCUUGUACUGAUCGCAGGAUAUACAAAAGAUGCAAAAAUUGCAAUUUCUGCUUUUUCCAUAUGCCAAUAUAUCUACACAUGGGAGUUCAACAUAUGCCUUGGCUUCAUGGGUGCAGCAUGUGUUCGGGUGGCAAAUGAGUUGGGAAAAGGAGAUGCGGAUGCAGUGAGAUUCUCGAUAAAAGUGAUUCUUGCCGUCUCGGCAUUGGUCGGACUGAUAUGUUCGGUCUUGUGUUUGGCGUUCUGCGGUCAGAUGUCGUACUUGUUCUCGGACAGCGACGAGGUCGCGGCCGCUGUUUCGGAUCUCUCCGCGAUUCUGGCUACAUCCAUCUUGUUAAACAGCAUCCAACCCGUUCUCUCAGGCGUGGCGGUGGGAGCAGGCAUGCAGAGUAUAGUCGCGGUUGUGAACUUGGGAACUUAUUAUGCCGUCGGUAUUCCCGUCGGUCUGGUCCUUUCUUAUGUUUUCCAUCUUGGGGUUAAGGGACUUUGGGCUGGGAUGUUGGGAGGAGUGGCAGUCCAGACGUUUAUAUUGUGUUACGUCAUUUACAAAACGGAUUGGGAAAUGGAGGUCAAGAAGACAAACGAACGCCUCAAAGUGUGGGUUCUGAAGCCAUCGACUGAAGAAGAAUCGACGGAGAGGAAAUGAAAAAUGGUCGAUAAUAUUUGGACCGCAUUCUUUUAUUCCCCCUUUUUAAAAUCUUUUUUUUUCUUAUUUACCCUUUUAAAAGAUAAUGCUUUCCCAUUUGCCAAAAACAAUUAUAUAUAUAUAUAUAUAUAUAUAUUAAGAUUGCGUUAUUAGGUUAAUGCAAUUGUCAGUCUAUGGGAUCGCAUCUCUAUCGAAAUUGAGAAAACAAUAUUAUUAUUUAUUAAAAAUUUGAUGUUCUGUUAUUA